GCGAGCAUGCAGUAGUCAGCGUCCGUGCUCGACGGAUGCAGGUUGCGCGUGUUACGCGACGUUACAUUGACGGUGUAAUAGCGGUACUUCAAACGGUACAAAAUUUACCUCGGAUGAUUGAUUCGCGACUAGCUGACUGAACUUUGAUCAAUGACAAACAUCUGUUGCGGGAAACACAGUUCCUUCACCGCGAUCCGCAAUAACGACAGUGAGGACAGAACUCUCUCUCUGUUCGUCGAGCGGCGACAGUCGCGUAUAAGUAAUUUCGGUUACACGUAGUGCUUGCAUGGCGCGUGCGUGUGCGCGCGAUUUCGAUCGCGCCUCGGCAGGCAGAUAUCGGGGACGGUAAUUUCCGAAUUUAGCUUAUUGUAGUACACUUCGACGCGCGAGUGGCGAUACCAAUUGUCGUCUCGUUCGUUUGGUGGUCGAACGGACAGUUAAAUCGAAAACGAUAGUGGACUGCAGCUGGAUAAAAUGCAACAUGCAAAUCGGUCGAUCGAGUGACAUUUGAAUUGCGAUGAGUGUGAAAUACGAAAUUAAAUAAUUAUAUAAAAUUGUUAAGUCACUUCUGUCGAGACUUUGAUUCUGAAAGAGUCUAAGAGAGAUAGUCACAGACGUAUAGACAACCGGAGAUACGCUCAGUGCUCGUCCAAGCCGCCUGUCGAACAAUAAAUUGGUCUCAUUCUCUCUCUCUCCACAAAGAGAAACAGUGAAUUUCUCAUCAUGAUGAUCAUCACCAGGACUUUGCGCAGUGCUUUUGUAAAAAGCCAAAUUAAUUUGCUCACACAAUCACGGCUGUUGAGGCACAAUCAAUAUGUGGCUGUUGGAAGAUUGGCACGCAUGCUAUCGUCAUAUCAUUUCACGAAAAAUAUUGAAUUUCUUACGCACGACAAUCACAUAAUAUCGUCCAAGAGCGUUGUACAGAAUGUAAACGCAACAAAAAAUCGUCCAUUGUUGAUCAUCCUCUCUUGGCUAAUGUCAAAGCGACAGCAUGUUUUGAAGUUCGUUAACUUAUAUAUGGAACAAGGAUUCGACGUAGUAGUAGUAUCUCUCACACCCUGGCAACUUUUGUGGCCCACAAAAGGUUCCCAACUCGUUGCAAUAGAUUUGCUGUCUUUCCUAGAACAGAACGAAAGUUACGAACAGAUCCUGUUGCAUGGUUUUUCUAUAGGCGGUUAUAUGUGGGGCGAAGUUUUGGAUUUGCUGCAAAGAGACAAGGAUAGGUACAAUAACAUUGCAGACAAGAUCAUUGGGCAAGUGUGGGACAGUAUAGCCGAUAUUGGUCAAGUGUCGAUCGGCAUGUCUCGCGCCGUAUUUCCAAGGAAUAAAGUGCUGCAGUCGGUGUUGUACAAGUAUAUAGAAUAUCAUAUGAAAACGUUCCACAACCAAUCAACACAGUACUAUAUUCGGUCUAGUCAAGUGUUCCAUACGUCUCCUAUACGUGUGCCAGCGUUAUUCUUUAUAAGCAAAGCUGAUCCUGUCGGCACGGAGACCAGCAUUCUGAAUUUACGUGAUAAUUGGGAGACUUUAGGAAUAAAGACUUACGUAAAGAUAUUUGAGAAGUCACCGCACGUCGCUCAUUUCUACUUAUAUCCCAAGGAAUACGUCGCCGAACUAUAUGCCUUCUUGCAAAAGUUGAAUUUGAUACAAAGCGAAGAGAAGAUUAAGGCGCGCUUGUAAAUGUUUAAAACUAGAUCUUUUUUUAUGAGUAGACAUAUUAUAUUUUUAUACGAAAAACUGUCUUUUGGCAUGUUCCAAUAUACGAUUUACAAACAUUUACAUACAUAUAGACAAACAAUACAGAAUGCCUUCGUACAUUUGAAAAUAUAUUUACGUAUAAUAGGGUAAUUAAGGCUAUUGGCUCCUCGCCACGGUCAUCUUCAUUUAUAACAUCAGAAGAGUGAGAAAAUAAACGUUAAAAAUUUUUGCAAAAUAUAUUGAAGUAAAACUAUACAUGUUUAUAAAAUGACAAUUGCAAUCGAUCCGUAAAAUGACCAAAACAUUACGUUUUUACUCUAACAAUCAAUAAAUAGCUGUAAAAUUACAAAAUUACAUUACGUAACAAAAUCAUGAGAGAAAAAAAAUUAAAAAGGAAAAUUGUAUAUCACACUAAAAAAUAUUUAUAUUAAAUAAUUCUCUUUUAUUGAUUAUUCGAAAGGAAAACGUUCGGAUUAAGUUUGCUUGAUUGAUUGCGUCAUUUUAUGGAUAUAUUUUUUAUAUCAAUGUGUACUGCGAAAAUUUUUAGUGUAUAUUUUCUCGCUUUUAAUGUCAUGAAUUAAGAGUUUUACAGCGAAAAGCCAAGAAUACAUCUUAAUACGUUUGCUACCCCGGUUUAUUUGAGCAAUUCUUUCCAUAAAUAUAUUUGUUUUCAUGUAAUUAUAUGAAACAAACUUGGUUCAUUUAUAUAUGGAAUAUAAAAAAUAUCAUUUUCAUACACAUGUGAUGUUGACAGCGAACAUGUAAAACUAAAAAUUUUGAGUAAAAAUAAACUUAAAGUAAAAAAUCGGUACGUCAUGACGAUACGUCUGAUGUUGGUAACGAAUAUAUUGAAUAUAAAAUUAAUGAGAUUAGGAAAGAAUUUGAAUUAAAAAAGAAUUUAUAAAGAACAGUAAAAAAGAAGUUAUAUUUUUGUAAAAUUUUCCAAAAAAGUACAUAUAAACAUUUGAUACAUUGUGAUAUUUAUAGAAAUUUUUAUAUAUAUAUAAUAUAUAGUAAUAUUGUAUAUUAUCAAUGCAAGGUUUAUACAUACAAUUGAAAUUUUAUCUUUCUCUUUUAUGGUGAAUUGAAUAUAUACUAGAAAAUAGAACACUAGCAUUGGUUUAUGUCUCUUGUACUACACAUUGGGAACUUUAUAGAAAUAGAUAUAUAUCACAUGUAAACUA